AUGAAUUCGCCUGCCAGGUCCCCAUCGCGUCCUCACCGGCGGGCGGCAGAGAAAGCUUUCAAAGAAGUCCACAACGCCUUUGGCGGCGGCACCAAAAGACUGAGGGCCACAUUUACUCACGGGGCAAAAAAAGUGCUGAAGCGCACGCGUGAUCGCACGCCAACUGGAACCCUUUCAAAAGGUGAUAACACCCCCACGCAGUAUAAACAGACACCGACUCACAAGCGUAUGGUCAAUUAUUCUGGAUUGAUUGAAGAAGAUGAUGUCGUUUAUGCCGAUGACAUAGGAAUACGGAUUUUGGCAGAAGCCCGUGAAAUCACGAGAAAGAACAUCCCCCAUGAUACGUUCCGCUCGACCUUUCUAGGCCCCUUCAAACACAAAGAUGAACGACCGCAGCUCAACAUCCAAGAUAUUAAGAAAAUUGGUACCGAUAAUUGGGAACAGACGUCGUUCUUUCAGCGAUUGCAAAAAGCACUCCCUAAGAAGGUUCUUAGUGACCUCAGUUUAUCCAGCUCUUUCUCGAAGACGUUACUCGGAGCCAAACGAGGUAAGGAGCCGCUUUCGCAACCAGAUUUCUUUUUCCAUCUCGAAACGGGUACUAGUUGGGCUCAUGUGGAACUUGUUUUUGAGCAUACGCAAAGCUCCUUGCAAAAGGCCCCUGAAAAAUUCCUGCAGUGGUUGCGAAAUGCCUGGAACAUAUUCUAUCAUCAGCCCUUCCGCCGCUACCUCUACGGGAUUCUUUUCCUCCAACCGUAUGCCUUAAUUACUUACGUUGAUCAUGGCUGUGCCGGGUACUCUGAGCCACUUGAUUUUGUGAAGAAUUCUCAACACACUCAAUUCCUCGCGGAUUUUCUGGCGGAUUUCAUCGCGGAACCUGAACACCGUGGACGAGAUCCCCAUGUUACGGCUCAUCAACAAGACGGCUCGAUAUUCAUUGAGUAUGCGGGAAUAAAGUGGGCUGAAGCAACCGAUAGCUUACUAUGCUACCGUCCCUGCGUUUUUGGGAGACAUCUCAGGGUCACGCGGGUGCAUCCUGCGGACUCCCUCAACGAUAAGUGGGUUAUGAAGGAUGCCUGGGAAGAGAAGCCUGAACACCAAUCGCCACCGCCUGAAGAAGAGAUUCUCCGCAUUCUUGUCGAAGCAAACGUACGAGGCCUUCCACAGCUCCACGAAUCGUGCCGUUCGAUUACAGAAGGCAGCGACAAUGUGGAGGCGUCAGGCGACAAUACGGAGGUGUUGACCAGCGAGUUCCCUCCGAAUUGUGAGAACGCACUCGCGGCAAUAAUGGAUCGAACCAUGAAGGUGGUUAAAUCCAGCUUCGUAUCUGGGCGCCCUUCAAAAUUCGAUCCCAUCGGCGUAUCUCCAGGCACUACAGGCAAGGAUCUCCAUUUCCGAGUCAACGGGCAGAAAAAGAAUUUUAAUGAAUGUACCGACGUGCGCAGACGACGGGCCCGCCUUAUCAUCUCGUAUUGCCAACCCUUGAAAGAGGCGAUGCGCAAUGCCCAGCCGAAAGAACUCAUGCGAACAAUCCGCGACGCUAUGAUCGUUUAUUACGAGGCCUACAAACGUCCUGAGCAUGGUUUUCUUCAUGGUGAUAUUUCGAUUGAGAAUAUCAUGGUUCCGGUGGAGGAGACUCAACUUACUGGCGGCCUUACUCACGAGACACUGCGCGGCACUCUCAUUGACUGGAACCUAUGCUUUACCGCCGACGGGAGAGCAUCCAGCAGAAGCAUUCGAAGUGGGACCCCCGCAUUCAUGGCGCCGAGUCUUCUUGAGGACAAACCAGUUACUCGAAGAACCUUGGGGCAUGAUAUGGAGUCGUUCUUUGCUGUUAUGCUUUGGGUCGCAUCACUGAACUAUGACGAUGAAAUCGCCUUUCAAGAUAAGCCUCUGGUAAAAAUUGUUAUUGAAAAAAAGCCGACCACAGAUGUUGCAAACGCUAAAGUGCGUUGGUUUCAGGUUGCAGUGGAUUUCAAGGUGUCGAUAAUUGAUCACUUUGAACAGCCAUAUCGCGAAGACGACGACUUUGUCAGAUGCACAUGGGACCUUCGGCGCGUCUUAUACAAACGGGAUUACGACGAAGAUGCACUCAUGCCUGGUGGAAAAGGGCUAAGGGAUCUCGAGGAUACGAAUGACGAUGAUCCAAUGAAGGAACGCUUGUUCAAAGAAUGCAUGGCGGUUUUCGAUAUGCACCUCGGCGACGAAGGGAAGCAAAGUGGUAGUUACCAGUUGGACAAGAUCGAUACUAGGGGAGACCUAGAAGAAUCGGAAGAGGAGAUUUGA